ACAGCACAAGAUGUGUCUUGGCUUCUUCCUGCUGGCCCUUCUGUCCCUCCUGGGCUCAGCCACAGGGGACUCGGUGACCCUGACCCCUGUGCCGAGGACCACCGCCUUGCUCCAGCCUGACUUCACUUCCAGCUUCCUCUCUGGCUCCAGAUCUGGCAGCAGCUUCAACACCAGGUCUGGUUCUGGCUCUGGGACCCAGUCGUUUUCCAAUUUCACUGGCUCCAAGGAUGACCGUGGGACCUGCGUGUGCUCCGUCGCUCUGCCAGACAACACCUUCCCAGUGGAGAGAGUGGAACGCUUGGAAUUCACGGCUCACAUUCUCUCUGAGAAGUACCAGAAAGAGCUUUCUAAAGUGAAGGAGUAUGUCCAAUUAAUCAGAAUCUAUGAAAAGAAACUCGUAAACCUAACUGUCCGAGUCGAGAUCAUGGAAAAAGAUAGCAUUUCUUACACUGAAUUGGACUUUGAGCUGAUCAAGUUAGAAGUGAAGGAGAUGGAGAAAUUGAUCAUCCGGCUGAAGGAUGGUUUUUCUGGGAGCUCAGAAAUUGUUGACCAGCUGGAAGUAGAGAUAAGGAAUAUGACUCUCCUGGUAGAGAAGCUCGAGACGCUAGACAAAAACAACGUUCUUGCCAUUCGCCGGGAUAUCGUGACUCUGAAGAACAAGCUAAAGGAAUGUGAAGCCUCUAAAAGUGAAAACGCCCCCGUCGCCCCACCCGCUCCCGCUCCUGGGACCUGUGCUCACGGUGGUGUGGUGAACAUCAGCAAACCCUUUGUAGUUCGGCUCAACUGGAGAGGGUUUUCCUACAAGUAUGGUGCCUGGGGUCGAGAUUACUCUCCUGAAAAUCCAGACAAAGGGCUGUAUUGGGUGGCACCAUUGAAUACAGAUGGGAGAGUCUUGGAAUACUACAGACUCUACAAUACACUGGAUGAUCUGCUAUUGUAUAAAUAUUCCCAAGAGUACCGGAUUCUUUAUGGCCAAGGUGGUGGUACCGCAGUUUAUAAGAAUAGCAUGUAUAUGAACUGGUACAACACUGGCAACAUUGCCAAAGUUAACCUGACCACGAACAAGGUCUCUGUGACUCAAAAUCUCCCCUAUGCUGCCUAUAAUAACCGCUUUUCAUAUGCUAAUGUUGGUUGGCAAGAUAUUGACUUAGCUGUAGAUGAGAGUGGAUUGUGGGUGAUUUAUUCAACUGAAGCCAGUACUGGUAACAUGGUGAUUAGUAAACUCAAUGACACCACACUUUUGGUGCUAAACACUUGGCAUACCAAACAGUAUAAACCCUCUGUUUCUAACGCCUUCAUAGUAUGUGGGGUUCUGUAUGCCACGCGUACUCUGAACACCAGAACAGAAGAGAUUUUCUACUACUAUGACACAAACACAGGGAAAGAGGGCAGACUAAACAUCAUAAUGCAGAAGAUGCAGGAAAAUGUGCAAAGCAUCAACUAUCAUCCUUUUGACCAGAAACUUUUUGUCUAUAAUGAUGGUUACCUUCUGAAUUACGAUCUUAUCUUCAAGCAGGAGCCCCACUAAACUGUUUAGGUUUUCAGGGGAGAGAGAAAUAAAAUGUUUGUUGAAAAAAAAAAUGGUCUUUAAAAAAAAGAAAAAAAAAGUCUUCUCCAAUUAUUUAGAUACCUGCAGUGGGACCCCAGAGUGUAUUUGCUUAUUGCCAGUAUUUGGGAGCAUAGUUCUACCACACUAGAGACUUCAGAUAUUUGCCCUGAUUUGAUAAGUUCUCCUGGAAGCCAUCUGCCUCCUGGCAUGCAUUUCCCCACUGAAGUAAGGCCCCUCCAGUGUGGGAUUGUCAGGGGGUCUAGGGGCGUGAUGGGUCCAGGGAAGCUGUCAGGGAGGUGACACCCGGGAACUGAGGAACUGAAAGGGAACUCCGUAUGGCUAUUGGGGCUCUUUGUACAGGAGAGAGGCCUCCGUGUCCAGUCUCCGCCAUGUAGCCCGGCUAGCUCUUCCAUACCUGAAGGAAACCUGGGUCUGAGUUAGUCAGAUGAGUACCAUAAGCUCCUUGAGGGACCAAAUCUCCAACUUUAUUUUCUUACUAGCCCCUGGAAGGAUGCUUUGUACAUUCCAGAUAUGUAAAUUUAGCAUGUUUAUGCUGUAUCUGUAAAAUGCUCUGAAUUUUCUGGAGAAAGGCCCUUUUACACAUGAAAUUGGACACUGCACAUCAAUUCCAGAUGGAUCUUCAAGUGAAACACUGGGUUAUCCUUGUCUCCCAUUGUCCACCUAUGUAAGAGUCAGUGGAAGCCUCCUACCUCAUAACAUCAUUUCAAAGGCAGCUUGCAAGAUUAGAAUCAGGCUCACCAACCAGCUCCCCCACUCCUUCCCUACCACCUAAACAAAACAAAAACAAAAAUAAAAUUAACCAGCUUUUAUGAAAUGGAUAUAAGAUAAACAAAAUUCCUUUUUCUUUUUGGUCUUAUCAUGAACUUUUACGUACAUGACUCUAAGACCGUAAGAAAAUCGGAUGGCGGUGACACAAUGAUAGCAUUUCUGGUUAUAUAACAAAGCCCGUGGCAGAUAAGUGAGCCUUGUGUUAAGUCAUAUCAAUUGUUUCAUGCAACUUUUGUCUGUAUUUAAGCCUGAAACUUAUAAAAGAAAAUACGUUUUCAUUUUUUGAGGAAGAAAUGUAGAAAACUCACUGAAAGUAUCUAGUAAAUCAAUGCAGUUUGAAAACCUUGUAGGUGUGUGUGCUUCUGUGCAUUUGGAGGCUUUGUCAUCUGUUCUGGGUCUAAAAUUUCCCUUUAAUGUUCAUGAGUCCUAGACUAUAGGAUUGGGUCCUUAAAUGCUGUAUUCUUCCCCUUUUAAUAAAUGAUUAAAAUGUGCUU